AUGGACAAGUGGGACAUCCCACAGUUUCAGUUCCGGACCCUUUCGAGGAACAUGGUACGCAACGAGUGGAUUAAAUACAAACGAAAUUUUGAUUUCAUCGUUGCUGCCACUGGUGAAACUGAUAAAGCCCGCAUACGAAACGUUUUCCUUGCGAAAGGUGGGCCUGAUCUACAAGAAGUGUUUGCGUCUAUCCCUGGAGCCGACGUGCAGAAUGACGAUGAAGCAGGUAUUGAUUGCUAUGCUGUAGCUAUCGCCAAACUGGACGCCUACUUUGCGCCCAAACAACACGAUACGUUUGAACGCAACUUGUUCUGGACAUUAAAACCAAACCCAGAUGAGACUUUGGUCAAGUUCAUGCUCCGGUGUCAAGAACAGUCCAACAAAUGCGAUUUCGGCAAAUCUGCCGAGGAAAGCAGGUCGAUUAGUGUUAUCGAUAAGGUCAUUCUUUUUGCUCCCAGCGACUUGAAAGAACAACUGCUACAAAAAGACAGUCUCAACAUUGAUGAAGUCACGAAAAUGGUAAGCUCCUACGAAUCCGUGAAGCACCAAGCUCGGACGAUCGGUUCAUCUGGCGGUGUUUCCGAAAAUAUGGCUGGUCUACAAUCCACCAGCGGCGUCAACAGGAUUCGUCCCGAUGCAAGAGAGUGCACUCGUUGCGGAAGGAAAGGUCACUACGCAAACGACAAGAACUGCUCGGCAAGGAAUAAGGAAUGCAACAAAUGCAAGCGCAUUGGGCACUUUGCCAACCAGUGCCGGACAGCGGUUUCAUUGAAGCGGAAAUUCGAAGAUUCAAACAUCGGAAAUAAACGUCUGAAGCCAGAACGUGUUAGCGAAAUAAGAAACAACAAUGAAAACCAAGGAGAUGUAAAGGAUCGAAGUUUCAUAUUCAACAUAAGUGAUGGUGACGAGUUGCUUUGGAUGAAGGUGGAAGGUGUACUCCUGCAGCUGAUGGUCGAUUCUGGAUGCAAGCGGAAUAUCAUUGACGAAAAAUCGUGGAAUUACCUGAAAACAAAUGGCAUCAAAACGUGGAACCAGAAGAAAGAGUGCGAUGAGGUGUUCCUUCCAUAUGGCGAGGAUGCAAAACCUCUAACGGUACUUGGGUCGUUUGAAACAACGGUUGGAGUUGAAGAUGCUGGAAAGGUUACUGAAACGGUAAACAAUAUUUUGUAUUAUUGA